ACAGGCAAGUUCAGGUUUAUCCAGAGACCAUGGCAGAAGGCGGAUUUGAUCCUUGUGAAUGCAUUUGCUCACAUGAACAUGCAAUGAGAAGACUGAUUAAUCUGCUGAGACAAUCCCAGUCGUACUGCACAGACACAGAAUGCCUUCAGGAAUUGCCAGGACCAAAUUCCUCCAGUGACAAUGGCAUCAGCUUUGCCAUGAUAAUGAUGGCCUGGGUGGUGAUUGCACUCGUUUUGUUCUUACUGAGGCCUAGUAAUCUGAGAGGAUCCAACACAGCCGGAAAGCCAACCAGCCCACAUAAUGGACAAGAACCACCAGCCCCACCAGUGGACUAGAGCGUUCAGUAUUGGAAAAGUUCAGCAGCUAAAACCUUGCACGACCAAAUGAACGAAGUGACCAGAUUACUCCUAAACCCCGUUCAAUACUGUUUUCUUUUCUCAUUUAUGUAGAGCAGAAUUAUCAUUCAGCAGUUAUCUUCACAAACUGCUUUUAGCAACUUCAAUUUUAAGUUAAUUUUUGCUUUCUAUGUUACUACAAUUCCUAGUAGAUUGUAAUUUGAAUAAUGAUAAGGUGUUGCAGAGGUUUUUGGUUGUUACUGUGGACAUUCCACUCAGUCUCUUUCUGUUACAAUGAUCUUAAUUUCUUUGCAGUGAUUUCUGAUAUGCAUUAAAAGAAGAAGAAAAUCCCUGUGCAUCUAUAAUAAUGGAAGGUUACUGACCUUUCUUCAGAUGAAUCCAUAUUUUUUCUCCAGUAUGCUUUUGAGAGUUACAUUAUGAUUGCAACUAUUAGCUUAGUUAUGUGGUGAAAAAUUGAAAUUAUUUUAUAUUUGCCCUGGGUUCAGAGCAGCUUUUAGUCUGGUCUUUGGACCACUAACAUAGUUUUCAGGGUUGUUGGCAAGAGCACGGAUUGUCCACUAGAAUUAUACUCUGUGCGUGUGUGUGUGUGUACGUGCAAAGAAGUGAAUGUGAAAUUGCCACUGUCAAAGCUUUGGCAUAUAUACUGGGAACUUUACACAAAAGAUUAUACCACCAAAAAAGAAAUUAAUUUAAUCUUGUUCAUUAAUAAAUAUCUUAUUCAAUAGAUUGUCAAAAAAAUGUAUUCUAAAGCCAGAUUUGUUUAUUUAUAGGCUUUAUGAAAAGAGAAAUGUAGUGAGAAGAGCUUGGCAGAAUUUUCUCUCCUGGUAUAGUCUUUGAAUAAUUGGUAUCUUAACAAGGUUUUAGCCAUGAAAUAAUGUAUAUUGGACAGGAUGAAAUCAUACCGAGAGGUUACCAAGGUUACCAACUUUUGGUAUACAACAUAUACUGGAUAUUCAGGUUUUUUCACCUGUGUGUUAUCAGCAGUUCUUAACAUUUCAUCCUUAUCUACUGGUUGUAAUUGUAGAAUAACAAACUUGCAGGUGACUACACACGGCAUGUCUUUUCCCUCAGAUAUUUGUGUGUAUGUGUGGUGUGCUUAUGUGUGCGUACGUGUGGCUGUGCACGUACCUGUGCACAUCUCCCAUUGUAGCAAAUGGGAAUUACUUUUUUAUGUACAUUAAUUUAAGAACAUUUUAAAGAUGUACAGAAAAGUGACACUGUAUAUUUUUCUUGAUCAAUUUGAAAAAUUGAUGAGAAUAAUGUAAAGAACAUUUUUAUGUUACCAACAUGAAGCUUCUUUCUGUAAAGGUCAGUAGAACAGACAUAUGGGAAUUCAAAGCCUUAUUCCAUAAACCUUUAUUUCAUGAGGACUUUAGUUAUGGAGCUGAAGGGACUAGCUGUUAAGAAGCAUAAAGGUUUGUAUUAACGGGCUGUAACAAAAUUCUCACAUCAGAUCCCAUGGUUGACAGACGCUGGGUUUUCCUUCUCAGGGUAAACGGCAGGCCAGCUAAGCCUCCUUGUAAAGGUACAGCAUAGACCUGAAGAAAGGCUUCUGUAAUUUGAUGCAAUUGCCCUUUGAAUUUCUGUGGAAUAGUGUACUCCCAAGCGUAGGAGCAUGUGUAAAAAAUAAAAAAUUAAAAAAAAAAAAAUGAAGAAGAUUGGGCCAGGUGCUCUCAGCGACAUCAGUGCAGUGCCGUGUAAAGCAAUGGAGCUGCAGCAGAGAAGCUGAGAGAAUUUGUCCAAUUAUGUCUAAUGGUGUACAGGCCACAAACACUGUGUAAAGAUGUCACUGGGACAAGCAAUCUGACCAUGCUUGCUUUUUGCCUUCUGUGUACAUUAAUGUUUGGGAUACUGUUUUGAGCAGAACAAGUAAUAAUUUUGUUUAACCAACAAGAAAAUAUAUAUGAUCUCCUACACUGACCUUUUCUCCAGGAAUUUUUGUCCAGAAUUCUUCACUAUGGGAUGCAUAAAACAGGCUUCCAGUUGAUUAAAAAGCCAGCUGAAACAGGCUUCAUUGCAGACAGAGCACCGCUCUGCAUCCUGUUGGAAGUCGGUGAGAUUUACAGCAGAUGCUCCUCACUUGUGAGGAUCAGUCUCACUUUACUUAAAUGUCUGUGUAUGUAUUUAUAAACCUCACCAUGUGCACCCAUCUCUAACAGUCUUGGCAAAUGAACUUUUUGUUCAGAGUAAUGUUGUGUUUUACAUUUAAAUGAACUGUCUUUGCUUGAAAUUCCUCUAAGUAAGUGUCCCAGUGAUUUUAUACAUGUAUGCUUUCCUCAUGUAAAUCACUAUUUUAAAUUUUCUAUGUAAAAGAAAAAGCAUUGGAAAUAUUUUAUUGUAAAAUGUUUUACUAAAGAGCCAGGCUACUAUCCC